AACGUCCUUUCUCGCGAGAGGCAUGAGGUGAGUUCGCAGGGAGGUCGGGCCCCGGAGAUUAGAAUGGAGAUGAUCUGUCCAGUAAUUUAAAGUAAAACAGGAAGGCAAGGUUGUCAUGGGUUUAUCUGCAUCCUCUCCAUUAGCUACGCUUCAGACAACUGUAUCAGAACAGUCUCAGGCUGAAACCUCACAAUGUCCUAUGCAUCAGAAGAACAUGGAAGGCUGUCCCAUGAAAUCAGGUGACAGUUCCAGUGAGAAGCAGAACCCACCUGUUCCUGCACAUCAAGAAAGAGCAUAUGAAUAUGUACAAUGCCCUGUUACAUCUCAGACACAAGAAGAGAUUGAUCCUAGAAAUAUGAUGCCACCCCCUAAUCAACUACCAUCCCCUGGGCAACCUUUUCCAUUAUCUACAGCAAGAGAAGAGUCUACUAUUCCUAGAGCUUAUUCAGAACAAAAUUGGAUUUAUCCCUCAGAACAGAUGUUUUGGAAUGCAAUGCUUAGAAAAGGAUGGAGAUGGAAAGAUGAUGACAUGAGCCCUGAAGAUAUGACUAAUAUUAUCAAGAUUCAUAAUCGGAACAAUGAACAGGCUUGGAAGGAAAUUUUAAAAUGGGAAUUACUUCAUGUUAGGCAAUGUCCAUGUGGACCAACACUUAUUCGAUUUGGAGGUAAAGCUAAGGAAUACUCUCCGAGAGCUAGAAUACGAUCCUGGAUGGGUUAUGAACUGCCUUUCGAUAGACAUGAUUGGAUUGUUGACCGCUGUGGAACAAAAGUCCGAUAUGUUAUUGAUUAUUAUGAUGGAGGAAAAGUAGAUAAGAACUAUCAGUUUACCAUUUUGGAUGUUCGUCCUGCUUUCGAUUCCCUGUCUGCUGUGUGGGACAGGAUGAAGGUGGCUUGGUGGCGUUGGACUUCAUAAUUAAUUUUAUAUGGUGUGAACAGGACUAUAUUUCAGCAUGGUGUUAUUCUGACAGUAAACUUUAAUAAAGUUUAUAUUACCAAUG